GUUCGACCAGAGACCGCGGGGCUGUGAGACAGAUCGGGCGUCAUCGUGCUUGACAGUAGACUCCUCUAUAAGAAAGCACCAUGGAGGUUGUCGCGAGCACGGGGGUACGCACAGCACUCGUGCUGCCCUUGCCUGGUAUCCGACGCACUUGUCAGAGGGCAUCCACUCAACAUGUUGGCACUCUACCUGGUGGCCGUCGCCAUCGUGGGGUGGGUGAUUUACCGACUCUGGCUGGAUCCCUUGUCUCAAAUCCCCGGGCCAUGGCUCGCCAGAUUCAUCCCGGUGUGCAACCUUCGGAUGAUCCUUACCAACAAGCUGGUCUACACCUUCCAAGACCUGCACGACACAUACGGGCCGGUGGUGCGCAUUGGGCCCUCCGACCUGUCCUUUGCUACGGUCACCGCGUUUGACAGCAUCUAUGGGUUCGACGGCGACAAGCACUUUGCCCUUCAUGGCAGCCGGAAGGGCCUGCUGGGGUCCAUCGGCGGGAUGGAGGAGUCGCUGGCAAAUGUGACGCGCAAAGAGCAUCGACGAUUGCUCCGGCCCCUGAUUACCACGACGCUGGCCGAACUGACGGCGGCCUGUACCGAGCGAUACUGCAAUGUGGCGCUGGCCGAGACCCUGCAAGCUCAUGCCGUGGGCCAGACGGGGUCCACGCCCAUCCCACUGUCCACCGUGAACGAUCGCUGUCUGUGGCAACUGGGGAGCAUGGUGGCCUUUGGCACCCGCAGUACCGAGUUAGCCCGUGUGCACUUCCACCUGAACCUCCGAUGGCUCGACCGCUAUAUGUGUUUCUUGGAGGUUUGCUGCACCUUCCUGCCCCGGGCCCUGAUUCAGGAUCACAUGCCCGCCUUUUUCAAGGCGUGGCAGACGAUCUGUGCCAUCUGCCGACAACCCACGGAUCCGUCCUGGAAGGAUCAACCGGCCGAGGAGCCCAGCUUCGACGACCACCAGCUCGCGCGGCUGCAACGGGCGGCCACCAAGGCCGGGCUGACCGACAUCCCCGAGGCAUUGCUGCUGAUCAAUACCAUCAUUACCGGGUUCAGCGUCUACGGGGCCACCGAGACGGCCUUGAACAACCUCGUCUACUUCCUGUUGCACCACCGUCCCUGCAUGGUCAACCUCGAAGCGGAGCUCUUGGCCGCCGGUGGCUCCGUCGACGAGCUGACGGAUGGCCGCCUAGCCAAGUUGCCCUAUAUCAACGCCUGUAUCAAUGAGAGCUUUCGCAUGGCCCCGGCGUUCAAUGGCGGCAUUCUGCAACGGGUCUCGUGCGGCGCGACGGUCGAGGGCGUUUAUAUUCCACCGGGGGUGGGGGUUGCAGUGGAUCACUACACCCUUGGACAUGCCAAGCCAUACUGGGAGAGCCCCGAUGAAUUUCGUCCGGAGCGGUGGCUGAACCCGAAUCGCAAGGAUGACUUCAAGGCCUCGCGGCCCUUCCUCAUCGGUGCUCGGCAGUGUCCCGGACGCCAGAUGGCAUACCAGAUCCUUCGCGUGUUGGUGGCCAAGAUGGUGUACCUCUACUCGAUGGAGCUGGUGAAUCAAGACUUUGACCUUCGACGGGAUAGCUUGUCGUCCUACCACUGGGGCGGGGUGAAGUUAAAUGUGAUCAUGACCCCGCGCACCCCGGGAGUCUUAGGCUACUGACUGACCCUGAUCGAUUCGCUGGUUCCGGAAUCUUCACUGUACGCGUGACAGGGUGUUAUGAACAGACGGUCUACUUGGUUGAGGACCCCUACCCGUAGGCGGCAAGGCCGCUGGUUGUGGUUGUGGCUUUUUGUCGUUGGAGUUGGGGUGUUAUCUUUGGACCUAAUCCUAUUCAAUGUCUCCUGUUUACUCGGAGGUCGCUCGUAGGAUACGGCCGAAAAGAGUUAAUGAAUCGAGG